AGUAGCCGGAGCCCAAGCCCCAAAAGCUAAGCCAACAUGGACAAAUAAAACACCUGCGGCCCUUUCCUUGUCUUUCAUUCAUUGAUGAAAAUAAAACAUCUCUUCGUUCAAAGUGGGGGAACCUUGGCUAUUCGAUUCCAACUAAUAAAAGGGCUUUUCUAAAAUGAAAAAUGUGUUUUUGCUCAACGAACGUUUAAGUAUUAAACCAUAUACUCAAAAUUCGAAGAAGCGGUUGGCACUUGGCGGCCACUAGCAGGCGCAGAGUCUGACUCUGGAAUCUGGGCUCUGCUAUUUGAGUGAGGCAGUUAUGAAGAUGGUAACACUUGCUCGAAGGUUAUUGCCCCAAAACCCUACACCACUUCGGUCCUACUGUUCUUCGCCAUCCUCCUCUUCUCCCGCCAGUAACAAACUAUUCGUUGGAGGUCUCUCAUGGGCAGCAGACGAGCAAUCUUUGAAGGACGCUUUCUCUUUCUUCGGAGAGGUAACGGAAGUGAGGAUCAUGUAUGACAAAGACACUGGGAGAUCAAGAGGUUUUGGUUUUGUAUAUUUCUCAAAGGAUAAUGAUGCAAAGUGCGCCAAAGAUGCAAUGGAUGGAAAGGCAUUGUUAGGUCGGCCAUUGAGAAUAAGUCAUGCUCUUGAAAAGGUUCGUGGUGGACCUGUUGUAGUCCCUCGCAUGUCAAAUAUUGGUGAUGCUGAUGGUAGAAAUAAUUGAACGAAUUAAAGAUACUGUUUCUUUUGUAUUUGCUUCUUAUCUAGAUCUCAUGGUGAAGAGUUCCAAACUAUAUGUUAUAUUAACUAGAAAAAUAAGCGGUUAAGUUUUUUGUGUGUCCACUGCCCAUGUAAAAAACGAAUGAGCAAAAAUUCCUACCACAGAUACUAACAAAUAAAAUAAGAAUUUAAAAAUGAA